AUGGACCCAAGUACCAGUGCCCAAGAUGUGACGCGAUGUGACAUUUGUGAGACUGCUAUAGUACAGAUGCAUUGUGAUACAUGUCUGGCCAAUCUGUGCAAGGCUUGUGUUGGAGACCACAUCUCCACUGACGAAAACAGGGGUCACAAAGUAGUCAAUUUUCAGUCAAGGAGAACCACUCCCAUGUAUCCUGACUGUGCUUUCCAUGUUCAAGAACAAUGUGAGAUGUAUUGUAGACACUGUGACGUGUCUGUUUGUCCCACCUGUUUGGCAUCUGAUCGACAUCUCGGUCAUAAACUAUCAAAAUUCUUGCACGUUCUGAGCAAAAAGAAAGACUUGAUAAGGAAAGAACAAAUCAAAUUUAAUGAAACAAUUUAUCCUUCAUACCAGGACUUUGCAACUGAUGUUCAAAACAGAAUGAGUCAGUUAAAGAAGGAAUGUGGAGAUCUCUUAAUAUCCAUAGCAAAUCAUGGAGAGUACUGGCAUAGUUCUCUUCAAAACAUUGCCUUUUACAGAAAUUCAAGAGUCUGGAUAAGUAAAAAGAACAGUACAAUAAAACUUUACAGCAUUAAUCAGGAAUCACCACUCGUAACAAUCAGAACAGCGUCAGGAAACAUGCCAGCAGACAUAGCAGUAUCAAGAAAUGACGAACUAAUUUAUUUUGAUGACAAGGAUAAAACUGUCAACACUAUAAAGAAUGCAGAUAUAAUGGAAGUGAUCAGGUUUCGGAAUUGGAAACCUCGACGUGUCUGUUGUGCAUCCUCGGGUGAGCUGCUGAUUAUCAUGGAAAAUGAUGAAAAGCAAUCAAAAGUUGCCCGAUACUCUGGUUCCACAGAGAAACAAUCCAUUCAGUCUGAUAAUAAAGGUAAUGCCCUCUUCUCCUCUGGUGAUUUCGAUAAAUACAUUUGUGAGAACAGAAACCUGGAUAUUUGUGUGGCUGACCGUGGAGCAAAAGCAGUAGUUGUGGUCAAUCAGGCUGGAAAAUUAAGAUUCAAAUAUAAAGGGCAUACUCCUAAGCCAAGAAUGAGACCUUUUUGUCCAACAGGAAUUACUAAAGACAGUCAGGGUAACGUCCUGACAAGUGAUGAAAAUAAUAACUGUAUACACAUCAUUAAUGAGGAUGGACAUUUCAGUAAAGCUUUUGGGGGUCUUGAAGCUUGUAAGCCGAAUUGA